AUGCGUUGGAAUCUUCUUUUGCCUCUCGCAGCAGCAGUGACGCUCGCUGCUGGCAAAGUAUCAACGAACGCGCGAUGCGGAAAUGCCUACAAUGCCUCACCUGUUGGCAUGACCUGCAAGGGCUCGCAAUGGGGUAACUGCUGCUCCCAAUACGGUUACUGCGGCAAGACGAAGGACUACUGCGGAACUGGUUGUCAGUCACCUUUCGGUACCUGUAACAGCGUUCCCACAUCCGUGCGCAUUUCAACGACAUCAAGCCGCAGCAUCGCUUCUUCUACUAGAACUGCUUCGUCAGCAGCAGCAUCUUCUAGUGCAGCAAACAUGAAGGUCACGACGAAUGCACGUUGCGGAAACCUCUAUGGAGCAUCACCAGCAGGAAUGACCUGCUCUGGUGGAAAGUAUGGUAACUGCUGCUCUCAGUACUCGUACUGUGGAAGCUCAAGUACUUACUGUGGUGCGGGUUGUCAACCUGGGUUUGGAAAAUGCGAUGCUGUUUCUUCAAGCUCUACUGCCAGCACUUCGACUCUCGUCAGCUCCAGCUCUAGUAGUUCUUCUUCCUCUACUCCGGCUGUGGUCUCCAGCACUUCGACCAGUGAGCAGACCACCAGCACUACGUCAACCGAGUCCUCGUCCAGUGACUCCUCAACGGCAAUUCCCACCCCGGUCACCUCCAGCACGUCCUCGGAAAUCACCGUCACUUCGACCUCCUCUACCACCCCCUCUCCGUCGCCAACUGACGAAGCAUUCUGUGGCGUCGAAGGACAGAACAUUAUCGGGUUCAGAAUUCUCUCUACCAAGCCUUUCACGAGCUUAGAUGCAUGCAGGGCAGACUGUAGGGCAGACAGCGCAUGUCUGAGCUUCAUCGUCUACACAACUGUGUGCUACCUCAGUCCGGUACGGAUAACCAGCGCCACCGUUGAAGCUCGACCAGGCACCGGCCUAACGUUCUACAAUCUUGAUUGCGUAGCCGAUGCUUCGGCAGCCACCUCAACCUCGACCUCAACCUCUACCUCUACCUCUACCUCUACCUCUACCUCUACGUCAACUUCAACCUCCGCCACCCCCACUCCGUCACCGACCGGGUUCUGUGGCAUUGAAGGAUACGACACUGUCGAUCUCCAAGUGAUCUCUUCUAACCCCUUCACGACUUUAGAUUCAUGCAUAGCAGACUGCCAGGCCCAGAGCGUAUGUGGAAGCUUCAUCGUCUAUUCGAACACGUGCUACCUUACUAGGGUACCGAUUACCAGUACCAACGUUACUCCUCAACUAAAUACCGGCCUGAAAUUCUACAACCGUGAUUGCGUAUCCAAUGCCUUGGCAGCCACCGCCCCGUUUUCAACAUUGGCAACAUCUACAGUGCCUACCUCCACCAGCACUACCAGCACAUCUACUUCUACCGUCUGCACCACUCCAGCGCCAACGACAUCCUGUGUCGCGUACCCCGGCUGUCCAAAGUUCACCGCAGGUCUCGCAAACAGCUGUCCUUCCUACGGUGGGCAAUGCCAAGACAACUACUUUGUCCGCUGCGAACAGUCACCAGCUCCAGGCUCCCAAACUAUCCUUGACAUUCCCAACAUCUCAGUCGACGAGUGCCGUCAAAGACUCAAGAUGUCUAGCCAACCGAGUUCAAGCCGUCUACUAGACCUACCCAGAGAGCUCCGCGAUAUGAUAUACGAAUACGCUCUCACUGAAGAUCAGGGUCUGCUUCUUGUUGAGCACGACGACACCCAGAAGGGUUUCAGGGAUGCCGAUCGACUGAUCCUAGCACCGAAUCCAACUGCCUCAAAUACGUUUGUCGUCAGCUAUACUACGAAACCAAAGGCUUAG